UUAUCCAUUUGACUGCUUAUCCAUCUCUCCUCAUGUUUCAUUGGCGUCCAGCUGCGGCCGUGGAUCACACAGAUCGGCGGGGACGCGGCCUGACAUGGAUGGGCGGCGGCGGCCAAGAGCAGCUCGGUCGAGACGUCCAUCUUCCAACGGCCAAUGGCGCUGACGUGACUGACCAGGGUUUUUUUCGGCACGGCGGCCAUGGAUGAAAUAAGAUCGAAGGUGCACUCACUUCAGCGGAGCCUUGUUCUUUUUCUGUUGAUGUUGAAUCCUGCUCCAAGUUCUUCAACUGCAAGUAGAUGCUUUUGAAGCCCACCAAUCACACGCCAGGUUACGCCGGGAACCACCACAGAUCUGGGUCAAUCGAACAUGAGGAUGCCUUCUUCUAUGCCCAUAUGCCACAUUCAAAUAGUCCAAAUCCAGAUUUGGGAUUUUCUUCUGUUCACGAUGGUGUAUGUCUCUGGAUGCAUUACACUGCCGACGCCGACCCUGGCCAUGCAUGGUGGAGUUUCAUGCAUGCGCGACGAGUGAUCCAAUUCGCCCGAUCUCACCUGCAGCUGCAGUGUCGCAGCCCCCCCUGGGGUUUGCUCUCUCGAAGUCUAGCACACGCCGCGGAAAUAUGAUGUCAGAUUGAAGAACGCAUGAAUCACCGUGAAUCUCCUAGCUACCGAUGGUGCCUGUUUGAUCCAUCGUUUGUGCGUGACAUUAAUUUGCUAGUACGUACACACGAGAAACAGUUGGCAGCUUCUUUUGCACCCAUAUAAUCAAGUCAUGUUUCUUAUCGACGAUGAUGUACUCCCUCCGUCCGGAAUUACUUGUCAUCAAAAUGGAUGAAAAUGGAUGUAUCUAGAACUAAAGUACAUCUAGAUACAUCCAUUUCAAUGACAAGUAUUUCCGGACGGAGGGAGUAUAUGUUCUCUGCAAAAAAAAUGAUGAUGUAUAUGUACUCCUGAUGCAUAUGAAUUGAUUUUUUAUGAACUUA